GAUAAGUGGUACUUUGUCUUGUGUGUUGAAAGCAACUAAUCAAGCCCUGCUCUCCAGUACAGCAUUACGGAUUGAUUGCCCACAGGCUCCCAGCUCUGAAGUCAAAGGGGGUUGCUAUGGGAAUCGGGAGGGCACUUGAAGACAGGAUCUGAAGCUUGUGUUUCCCUGUCCAAGGCAGCUGAAGUCAGAGAAAAGGGAAACUAAGAGGAGGUGGCACACACACUGCCACAGCAAAAUGCAUGCAUGUUAGAGGAAGGAUCUUCAUAGCAUGAGGCUGUGGCUUAUAGAAAAGCAAAGACACUAAAGGAUCUGGCAGUGGUGGCUCAGCAUUGUUUGGCUAAUCCCUUUUUCCUGCUAUAUAGCUGACAGUAAGAAAGUACAGUAAAAGUCCAACUGUAGCAAGAUGGGAUCCGGCUCCUCAACUUACCGGCCCAAGUGUAUUUAUUUGGAUAUUGAUGGAAGAAUUCAAAAGGUGGUCUUCAGUAAAUACUGCAAUUCCAGAGAUAUUGUUGACCUCUUCUGCAUUGCAACUGGGUUACCAAGGAACACAACUAUCUCACUUUUGACAGUUGAUAAUUGCAUGGUAUCCAUCGAUCCAACAAUGCCAGCAAACUCAGAGAGUACUCCAUAUAAAGUGAGACCUGUGGCCACUGGACAGUUAUCAGGGGAACAGGACCAAAUUGCCUGCUACUCCCUGUGCCCCGUGAGCAACUCAGUGGGAAGUGAGAAAGAGGAAUUGUUCCAGAGUGUACUGACCCAGGUUGCUGAACAAUUCUCAAGGGUGUUUAAAAUCAAUGAACUGAAAACUGAAGUAGCAAAUCACUUGGCAAUGCUGGAGAAAAAAGUUGAACUGGAAGGACUGAAAGUAGUAGAGAUCGAGAAAUGCAAGAGUGACAUUAAAAAGAUGAGGGAGGAAAUGGCAGCAAGAAGCACCAGGACCAGCUGUCCCUGUAAGCACAGCUUCUUAGAUGAAAACAAGAAGUUGGCACCCCGAAGGGACGUACCAUCCUAUCCAAAGUACAUACUGUCUCAAGAAACCAUAGAAGCACUUCGGAAACCAACGUUUGAUGUCUGGCUGUGGGAGCCCAAUGAGAUGCUGAGUUGUUUGGAACAUAUGUACCAUGAUCUCGGAUUGGUUAAAGGCUUUAAUAUCAACCCCAUCACGCUGAAGAGGUGGUUGCUGUGUAUUCAUGACAAUUACAGAAACAACCCAUUCCAUAAUUUCCGGCACUGCUUCUGUGUGACUCAGAUGAUGUACAGUAUGAUCUCACUCUGCAAUCUCCAGGAGAAAUUUCCCCAAAUUGAUAUCUUAAUUCUGAUGACUGCUGCAGUUUGCCAUGAUUUGGAUCAUCCAGGAUAUAACAACACCUACCAGAUUAAUGCCCGAACAGAGCUUGCCGUGCGCUACAAUGACAUGUCCCCACUGGAGAACCAUCACUGUGCUGUGGCUUUCCAGAUCAUUGCCCAGCCAGAAUGCAACAUUUUCUCCAAUGCUACCCAGGAACAAUUCAAACGGAUAAGACAGGGGAUAAUUACAUUAAUCCUGGCAACAGACAUGGCAAGACAUGCAGAAAUACUGGACUCUUUCAAAGAAAAAAUGGAUAAUUUUGAUUACUCAAAUGAGGAACAUGUCACCUGUUUGAAGAUGGUUCUGAUAAAAUGUUGUGAUAUCUCAAAUGAAGUCCGCCCGAUGGAAGUAGCGGAACCGUGGGUAGACUGCUUAUUAGAGGAGUAUUUUAUGCAGAGUGACCGAGAAAAGUCUGAGGGACUUCCAGUGGCACCUUUCAUGGACCGAGAUAAAGUGACCAAACCAACAGCACAGAUCGGGUUCCUUAAGUUUGUCCUGAUCCCAAUGUUUGAAACAGUAACAAAGCUUUUUCCAGAAGUUGACGAAGUGAUGCUCCAACCUCUUUGGGAAUCCAGGGACCGCUACGAGGAAUUAAAACAACUAGAUGAUACUAUGAAAGAGUUGCAAAAGAAGAAAAGUGCAAGUUUGACAACUGAGAGCACACAGAAGUGAAAAGAAAAACACUCUUAGCUACACAAAAGUCACAAGAACAGAAUUGUUGAGACCUUAAAGGUCUGUUGUGUUUGUUCACGGAGUGGACUGAUGCAGCUAAGUAUCAUGGGAUCCUUCAGCCCAGAGGAAAGAUGGUAGAAAGCUGCCGAGACCACGUCAAGAACGUAUUUUCUAAGAACUGUUGCUAUCUUCAUGGACACAAAAAAAGGAAACUUUGAUGUAUAGAAUUUUUUUAUUUUUCAACUGCUCUUCUAAAUAAAAUAUUCUUAUACAAACC